GAUUGUUUAGCAUAGGAUUAAAAAAGUUAGUCUGCGCUUGUUGUUGGCGGUAUUAGUGUCACUUCAGCUGUGAUUUUGUUCCCAAAAUCUUAAUUGUUUCUUAUUCUGAAGAAAUUUUAGAGGCAUGAAUCUUCAGUAAUCCUAUGCCUUCUUCGGAACAGUUUUAAGUCUUGAGUUUGUGAAAAUCGGUCUUCGGGCCUCCAGAUUUUCUGUGUUUCGAUCUAUUUAUCUGUCCAACUUCACCGAGUUUAGCAUCUAGAGAGAUAGAAAUUUUCAUUGUUAUCAGGAGAAGGAUUUCAAGUGAUAAUGGAGAAACAAAGCAGUUUUCGGGCAUCUACUAUGGAAAAACAGAAGAGUUUUCGUGGAUUUAUGGAAAAACAAAAGAGUUUUCGCAUAGUGAUGGAGAAGCAGCUCAGCUUUAUGGGAAGCGAAAGGAAGAAGAGCAAGGAGUCACCUGGGAAACGUGGUGACUUACCAAUUCAUUUAGCAGCUCGGGCAGGGAACCUGAGCAGAGUGAAGGAGAUAAUUCAAAACUAUUCUAAUUGUGAGACAAAAGAUUUGUUAGCAAAGCAGAACCUAGAGGGGGAGACCCCUCUUUAUGUUGCUUCAGAGAAUGGGCAUGCUUUGGUUGUUAGUGAGAUACUGAAGUACUUGGACCUGCAAACCGCUUCUAUUGCGGCCAGAAAUGGCUAUGAUCCAUUCCAUAUUGCUGCAAAGCAAGGUCAUCUUGAGGUUUUGAGAGAACUACUGCAGUCCUUUCCCAACCUGGCCAUGACCACUGAUUUGUCCAACUCAACUGCUUUACAUACAGCUGCAAGUCAAGGUCAUAUUGAUGUGGUUAAUCUCCUUCUGGAAUCAGAUUCUAACCUUGCUAAAAUAGCCAGGAAUAAUGGUAAAACUGUCCUUCACUCUGCGGCUAGGAUGGGGCACUUGGAAGUUGUGAAAGCUUUAUUAAACAAGGAUCCAAGCACUGGAUUUAGAACUGAUAAGAAAGGCCAAACUGCACUACACAUGGCUGUGAAAGGGCAAAAUGAAGAAAUUUUGCUGGAAUUGGUAAAACCUGAUCCAGCAGUUUUACGCUUGGAAGAUAAUAAAGGAAAUACAGCAUUGCAUAUUGCCACAAAGAAGGGCCGUACUCAGAAUGUUCGCUGCUUGUUAUCAAUGGAAGGUAUCAACAUCAAUUCAACAAACAAGGCUGGAGAAACUCCUCUUGAUGUUGCAGAAAAAUUUGGGAGUCCUGAACUUGUCUCCAUAUUGAGGGAUGCUGGGGCUGCUAAUUCCACUGACCAAGGGAAACCUCCAAAUGCUUCAAAACAACUCAAGCAGACUGUCAGUGACAUAAAGCACGAUGUACAAUCUCAACUCCAACAGACACGUCAGACAGGCAUGAGGGUUCAGAAAAUUGCAAAAAAGCUGAAAAAGCUACACAUCAGUGGCCUCAACAAUGCAAUAAACUCUGCUACUGUUGUUGCCGUUCUUAUUGCUACAGUUGCUUUUGCAGCCAUCUUCACUGUCCCUGGUCAAUAUGUUGAAAAUAAAACAGAUGGAUUUUCUCUUGGACAAGCAAAUAUAGCAAACAAUGCAGCUUUCCUAAUAUUUUUUGUGUUUGACAGCCUGGCAUUGUUCAUCUCUCUGGCAGUUGUAGUGGUUCAAACUUCCGUAGUUGUUAUUGAGCAAAAGGCAAAAAAGCAGCUUGUUUUUGUCAUUAACAAGCUCAUGUGGAUGGCUUGCCUUUUCAUUUCCAUUGCCUUCAUUUCUCUUACAUACGUGGUGGUAGGAUCACACUCCAGAUGGCUUGCAAUAUAUGCUACAGUGAUUGGAAGCUUGAUAAUGCUCUCUACAAUUGGCUCCAUGUGCUAUUGUGUAAUUUUGCAUAGGAUGGAGGAGACAAAAUUGAGGGCCGAGAGUCGAUCAUUCUCCAUGUCUCAUGCAUCAGACCAAGAGAUUUUAAACAGUGAAUACAAGAGGAUGUACGCACUGUAAUUGAUAUAUCCGAAUGAAAUGGCUUGUAUUAUCCAGCAUAUUCUUGAAGUGGCGAUAGGUAGUUUCUACUGUCAGUGUCAGAUUGUAUGAAGAUAACCUACGGUCUUUGUUACAGAUACCGUGAGAACAGAAGGAAAUGAAGAAAAAUGGGUGGGGAAUUCUCGCCACUUCCACUCGUAAGUAGAAAGGAUGUUAUCAAAUUUAGUAUGAUCUUGGUGAAAUAAUUGUUGUGGUGAAGACUUCUUUUAAUGGAAGAUAGGUAUGCAAAUAAUCACUAUAUCGGCA